AUGAACAAAGCUGUCAGUGCGGUCAAUCUCAUGCCAGCAAGAGAUGCUGUCGCGUCGACUGUGCUGCUGCGAGGAUUUGUGGAGCUCAACGUGAUCAGCGAAGCGGAGGGCGUCUUCCAGGCGGUGCCGGAUAAAGACAUCCAUGCACACACAGUUCUUGUCAUGGCUUCUGCUGAGGUGGGAUCGGCUACUAGCUUGCAAAUGGAGGAGGCCAGCAAGGCGGUUCUCAUGGAAAAGGAAUCCUAUAGCGUGGAAUGCGUUGAUUUAGCAAAUGCUAGGCAAGGGGAUCUGCAGUAUGCGCUGAAGCUGUUCGAGUCUAUGCAGCUCUAUGGCGUAAAUCCAGAUGGUGCCACCAUGGUAUGUCUUCUGCAGGCUUGCAGCCACAGACUUGAUGUGCAAACAGGGCGUGAAGUCUUCAGAAGAAGUUCGGACUGUGCCAUUCCAGCAGAAAUACUGCUGCAUGAAUGGAACGCUCUUCUAGGGGCAUGCAGAAGCCAGGGCGAUGGAAACGUACGCAGAGCAGAAAGAGUAGCGAAGAAAGCAAUGGAGUUAAACAACGAGGCUUCCUACGUCCUUAUGGGAAACAUCUACUCGGGCAGCAAGAAUGACCAGGUAGAUAUUGAUAUGGCUCUGGAAUCUCUUAGGGAGAAAAUGAGAGAACAAGGUCUAACGAGAAAGCCUGCAAUAACCGUCGUCACUGUCGGGAAGGAAACUCAUAGGCUUAUGAUGGACGACAAGAGUCACCCCAAUAUCCAAGAAAUUAGCGCAGAAUUGGCAACGUUAACCAGACUACUUAAAAAUGAAGGGUAUGUUCCCAGAAUUGAUCUUGUAUUCAGUGGGAAGGAAGAGGUUCUGGCGGAAAUGGCUCUGGCCAAGCACAGCGAGAAACUGGCUUUAGCCUGUGGUAUCCUUUACUCCAAGGAAGCAGCAGGGGCGCACAUCAGGAUUAAAAACAACCUUCGGAUGUGUGCAGAUUGCCAUCAGAUGAUGUGUCUUGCUAGCAAGAUUUAUGAUGGCAGGAAAAUUACUGUGAAGGAUGCUAGCCGAGUCCAUUGUUUUGAACAAGGCGUUUGUUCCUGCGAGAACAACUGGUGA